AUGCAUCUGCCUUGUGCGAGCCUGACCGAAACAACGAUCGCGGAUUUGAAAAAAAAAUUGGAAUUUGUUGAAACAUCAUAUUCACUUAUUAAAAAUCAGCUUGUGGGUUACAAGCUGUUGCAGCAGGAAUUGGACACAUACAAAAAACGGCUGGAAGCCUGCAACUUGUUAGUAUUUUCAUUUCCUGAUAACAUUCCGAGCAAUUUCCUCUACCUGGAAACAACGAUCGCGGAUUUGAAAAAAAAAUUGGAAUUUGUUGAAACAUCAUAUUCACUUAUUAAAAAUCAGCUUGUGGGUUACAAGCUGUUGCAGCAGGAAUUGGACACAUACAAAAAACGGCUGGAAGCCUGCAACUUGUUAGUAUUUUCAUUUCCUGAUAACAUUCCGAGCAAUUUCCUCCACCUGGUAUGUUUCAAAUCUCCACAGAUCACGCAUUUCAUAAUUGACUAG